AUGGAGAAGAGUACUAAAGUAGAUGUUCCUGUCUCUCUGUUGGAUUUGCCGGAAUCCACCUUGGAUUUGAUUCUCAAAUGCCUUUCUCCAAUAGAUCUUUGCACAAUGUCAAAGGUGUGUGUUUUCUUGAAGGGUAAAUGUCAAAGUGAUGAGUUUUGGGAAAAUCACAUAAAGCAAAAAUGGGGAAGAGUGAUUGGUGAUGCUGUUUACAAGGAGUGGAAAUGGCACAUAGCAAUUGCCAAAGAUGGAGUUUUGUUGAAGAAUCAACACACCAAUCAAACUGGCUCAAUGGGUUCUUUUUCUGGUGUUUGGCCUAACCUAUUUCUUGCUUCAUACUUAGAAGAUUUCAAGGUCCUCAAUGGUAAAAAAUCAAACAAUUUCAUGAUGUCUUUGUAUUUCUCUCUAGAGACCGGUAGCUUUUGGUUUCCUGCUCAGGUCUACAAGGGACUGAUGAUUCACAAUGCCUUGGUUAACUAUGACUCACAAUCUAAUACUUUUCAAGCAAGGUAUCAAAAUGGAGGUUGGAGAUGUUUAGGGAAGAACAUUGAAUGGGAUAUGGUGAGAGCUCCCUCAGUUGAUACUCUUCCAUAUCUUGUACAUCUCUCUCAUUCUUUAGACACAUUGAAACCAGACGAUCAUAUUGAGAUUCAAUGGAGACCAAAUACACAAUCUCCUUAUGAUUGGUGGUACGCUGUUAUCGGUCACUUAGACUCAUGUAAUCAAAGUUGUUGUCAAUGUGAAUACAAUGAUACAUUGAUAGUGGAGUUCAGACAAUACCCUGAAAUAUCAAACAUGAGACGAAUAAAGUUGUGUAGAAAGAAGAAUGAAGAACAAGGUGAUCGAAUUGGUGGCUACUAUGGAGGAAUCAGAAAGCUUCAGAAUCACAAUGAAAUUCAAACAUGGAAGAACCUCUUCACUCUUCAAUUUCAGACAGCUUGUGACUAA